AUGGCAGGGACUGGCCUCCAACCGGUCAACAUAUUCUUGAUAAUUUUUCCUUUCCUAUCAUCAUUCGUUAUUGUAGCGGUCAGAAUAUGGAGGAAGCUCAAGGAGCGUACAUAUGCUAUUGAGGAUACACUCUUGGUGAUAGCGGAGGCCUUACUGGCAGUACUUACGGCAACUACGUGGAAAUUCAUACUGGUAUCGUACGCAGGCUACCAUGCGGAAGACAUUCCAGUCAGAGCUCCUGAUCGGACGGACGUCGCCUAUUGGCGACAUACGAACAGCAUCAUCUACAACCCGAUCCUCGGUCUAGUCAAGAUAUCGUUCUUGAUCACACUCUUGAAGCUCCGUUGCAUGGAUCGCCUCAUCAUAGCGAGUCUCUGGACCCUGAUCGCUACAAAUGUCAUGUUCAUCCUUGGUGCAGCCAUCGGAAGUCUGUUCAUGUGCUGGCCAAUCCACAAAUCAUGGUAUCCUCUCGUUCCUGGCACCUGCGGUGAUCGCGCUGCUUACGUGUUCGGGACUGUGGGUGUAACGAUUGCCACAGAUGUCCUUGUUGCGCUUAUACCUGCGUGGGUCCUCCACGAUCUACAAAUGCCUUUGAGGAAUAAGGUGUUUGUAAUCACGUUUCUCUCGCUCCCUCUUACCGUCACAGCUAUUGGCUGCUACCGUCUACACAAAUUUGUCGAGGUUAUGAAGCUGCCCAAGGUCUAUGCUGAGGACCCUCAUAACGUACGGAACGUGUUAUCAAACGUUGAGGCCAAUCUGGGUGUGUUAGCGGCUUGUGGUCCCACGAUCAAGUGGAUAUUGAGCAGGUUUAUCCCUUAUUUCGAAACAGUCCCAAAUAGAAACGCGUGCGUGUCCGACCAAUUUCCACAUUUUAGAUGGCGCACACGAGAAAUUCUGAAGACGGGGGUCGACAUCGAGUUACAGGAACGUGGUAACGAUGCUGAGAAUGAUGAGGAAGACGACAAGGACAGCCAAGAGCAGUGUACAACAAGGAGUAAUGUUAUUCGGAAGACCACGAUGGUACUAGGGGAUGGUGAUGAGACGUGA